AUGCAGUGGGUACCCAUCACCCUAUACACCAUCGCCAUUGCUGUGAGCCCCUGCUCGGAGUCUGAGAGAGGCUGCAGCCUAUCCAGCCUGAGUACUGAUGGGCACGCCAGGCGCCCCGGAGACAUUAUAAUAGGCGCCACUUUUCUUAUCCACGUCAACCGAAUCCAGAGCAAAGCCCUAUUCACCAGCCAACCCCCGGAGCUGCAGUGCCAGGCGUUUGGGUUGGAUUACUACCAAAGCAUGAGGGCCUUACUCUUUGCUGUGGAGGAGAUCAACGCAAAUCCCAGGUUCCUUCCCAACAUUACGUUGGGUUUCCAAAUAUUUGACACCUGCACGGCUGUGAGGAGAGCAGCACAAGGGACACUCUGGAUGCUGUCAGGAGGACAAGAGAUCACCUCCAACUAUAAUUGUUUUCCAGAGUCCCAUCUGGCUGGGAUCAUUGGAGACUCUGCUUCUGUUCGAGCCAUUAUUAUGGCUCAGAUCUUAGGCCUAUCCCGCUACCCACAAAUUAGUUAUUUGGCAACCAGCCCCAUCUUAAGCAACCGGGACCUGUUUCCUUCAUUUUUCCGUACCAUUCCUAGUGACGAGUUUCAGGCAAUCGGUCUAGCCCAGCUGGUGUCUCACUUUGGUUGGACUUGGGUUGGCCUUCUGGCAGUUGACACUGACUAUGGCCAGUUUGGAAUUCAACUGGUAAAGCAAGAAAUAGUGAAAGCAGGUGCUUGUGUGGCAUUUUCUGAAGAUAUUGUGACCGGCAAACCCAACAGGAACGCUCCGCACAUUGCCCAAGUCAUCAAAGCGUCUACGGCAAAGGUUGUCAUAGUAAUAUCUGCCGAUUACGACCUAUUGAUUGUGCAGGAAGAACUUUUAACGCAAAACGUAACUGGAAGGAUCUGGAUAGCCAGUGAAGCUUGGGCAACCUCUACUCUGCUCUCGGAUAAAAAGUUACAAGCUAUUUUGGUGGGUACUAUUGGUUUUGCCAUUCACGGUGGGCUGAUUUCUGGCUUUCCAGAAUAUUUCAAAAGCCUCUCUCCGUUUGACCACCUUUAUGAUGCGUUCAUAAGGGAAUUCUGGGAACAAGCUUUCUCCUGCAAAUGGCUGGAUGAUUUAGCUGACAAUACUACGUUUCGUGGGUGUACAGGGAAUGAAAAGAUGGAGAGUCUAAAAAUGAAAAUUGAUAUCCGAAUUACACUUAAUGUCUACUCUGCCGUUUAUGCAUUUGCUUGGGCUCUCAAAAAUCUGAUUGACUGUAAACCCGGAACUGGACCGUUCAAGAGUGGGUCCUGCGCCAACAUCUCAUCAUUCCAUCCUUGGCAUCUUCUCCACUAUAUAAAAAAUGUUCAUUUUGAGACAAAAGACAAGAACGUGAUUUUUUUCGACGCUAAGGGAAACCCCCCAGCGAUUUACGACAUUGUAAACUGGCGGCUGAGUGCAACGGGGGCCAUGGAGCAGGUUGUAAUUGGCAGUUACAGCUCAGUUGCUGGAGGCGAGAAGACUUUGACAAUAAACAAUUCUGCAAUAACCUGGAUCUAUGGGGAAACUCAGGUCCCUCUUUCCAAAUGCAGUCGAAGCUGCCCGGUAGGGUUCAUGAAGGUGGCAUUGCCAGGGAAGCCGUCCUGUUGCUAUGACUGCGCUCGCUGCCAUCAAGGAGAAAUCUCAAACCAAACCGAUGCUGUGGUGUGCCACCAAUGUUCUCCAGAAACAUGGCCCAACCUUCAACAAGACCAAUGCAUUCCUAGGGUUAUAGACUUUCUCGCCUAUGAAGACCUGUUGGGUUUGAGCAUGGCAACCAUGUCAGUCUCCUCCUCGGCUGUUCCACUCGGCAUUCUGAGCAUUUUCAUUGUUUACCAAACCACGCCCAUAGUCCGAGCCAACAACUACUCCCUUAGCUGCCUUCUCCUGCUUUCCCUGUUCCUCUGUUUCCUUUGCUCUUUAGGGUUCAUUGGUUACCCACAACCUGAAAAGUGCCUUCUGCGCCAGGUGGCAUUUGGGAUGGUUUUUGCCCUCUGCAUCUCCUGUGUUCUGGCCAAAACCAUCACUGUUGUCAUUGCCUUUAAUGCAACCAAACCCGGCAGCAGGUUAAGAAAGUGGACAGGAGUGAAGGUUUCAAAAAGUGUCGUCAUGUUCUGCACGUGUAUUCAGUUCUCUAUUUGUGUAUUGUGGGUUUCCUUCUCGCCCCCCUUCCCAGAACAGGACACCAAAACCCAACCUGGAGUCAUCAUUUAUAGUUGCAAUGAGGGUUCACCCUUUGCUUUCUGGAUCAUGUUGGGUUAUCUUGGGCUCUUGGCCUCCAUCAGUUUCAUUGUUGCCUUCCUGGCCAGACGCCUCCCUGACAGUUUCAAUGAAGCCAAAUUGAUCACAUUCAGUAUGUUGGCUUUCCUCAGUGUGUGGGUGUCCUUUAUCCCAGCCUAUCUCAGUGCCCGGGGCAUGUAUACUGUGGCAAUGGAGGUCUUUGCCAUCCUGUCUUCCAGUUGGGCGGUGGUGGGCUGUAUCUUUGUGCCAAAAUGUUUCAUUGUAUUGUUCAGGCCCAACAUGAACUCCAGAGAACAUCUCAUGGGGAAAGGUCAGAGAUAG